AUGUGGGCGCUAGAUCUACAGUCGUACUUCCUCUUGGCGAGCGACAACGAUGUGCAACCGCCCAACUUUAUCGGAAACCGCGCCACAGGCAUUCUCUGGGACAGGAAGAUUAACCACACGACGUACUUUGGCGACGAAAUUGCCUAUAUUCAGGGCAUUCACAUGCUGCCAAUUGUGCCGAGCAGUGCGUAUGUACGAAAGGCAUCCUUUGUGAGAGAGGAAUGGGAUCAGUAUUUUGCCGGCAAUAAGUCGGGAUCUCUCACUAGCGGCGGCUUUGCAGGCCAUGUGUACGCCAACCUCGCGAUUGCGGACAAGGCUGGUGCGGUUGAAAGUUAUGAGUUCAUGAGGAAGCAGACUCCUGACAGCCCCUACCUGAGCGGAGUGAGUUUGACGUGGAACCUCGCUUACACGGCGGCGCUGGGAGGCAGUUUGGGAUCGAACUCCACGUUGAACUCAACAAGUCGGGCGGUCUGA